AUGGACCAUGGCAUGUCGGAGGAUUCGACGGCCUUCUGUAACGGCUGCCUUGACCAGCUUGGCGAAGGUACGGCAAUGGCCUUGGCGAGCUCCGACAAGGCGUGGCAGUGCCUGUGCUGCGACCAGAGUCAGCUGUUGCCACUACAGACCUUGUUCGCCGAAGCCAAGCGAGAUCCCCCGCUGAUUACGAAGGUCUUGGCGAGACUGGCCGAGCACAGUGAGGCGGAGGGGGAGGGCGUCAGCGGCGCUCGUUCGUCUCUCGAGCAGGGCGAAGAAGCAGACGAUGAAGAGCUUGACCAACAACUGGUCGACGCGUCGUUUAUGGUCGAAGACGUGAUUUCCGAAGCUCAGGCGCAGACGGUCCGAAGUGGAGAAGGUGGCGGAUUUGUGGCAGGAUCGGCUGGAUGCGGCGAACGACAUCCAGCCCACCCUGCUAGAGGCCUUGGAGAUCAGAGGGAUAUCGGCGGCAGCGGUGUUCUUGAAGAGGGGAGCAGCGCAGGCGGCCCAAGGUCUGUGGACAUCCUGCUGUCCAAAGCCGAAAAACUGUUGAACGGUCUGCCCUAUCAAACUCGCAACCAACCUCCCGGCGCGGACUUCUUCAAACGAUUCUUUCGGGCCGUCAACGGCACCACGGAUGAAAAUGAGAUCAGGAGGUCGGGAGUGGGACUCUGGGGCCCGAAGACGGUGGCAGCUGCGGCAGAACGGACGGUGUCAUUCUUUCGGGAAGAGCAGGCGGAGAACGGGCGCCCCUCCACCGAAGAUGUCAAGGCUUGGGGCUUGCACGGAGAUGCAGCCGAACAGCUGGCCAUGCUUCUACGCUGGAUGAGCAGACGAUUGGCCACGAACGAUGACACCACCGCGGCGCCAUCGAGUUUUUCCGGCGGCGAGGACGAAGACAACGCCGAGCAGUUACCCCCGUCGGAUCGUGAGGGACUGGUGUCCGAGUGCAAAGAUAUGACGCGGCGGAUCAAGGCCGACGACGCUACAACCACACCUGAAAUAUCGGGCAUGGGUGGAGCCUCAGACCCGGAGGCCUUCUGGCAGUCUACAUCGCUAACGGUACUAUUGGGCACUUGGCACCAUCUCCGUGCACAGCUAAAGGAAGCCGAAAGCAAGGCGGCGGCCGACGUGGAAGAUUUAGGCUCGGGCACUUCCACAGCCGCCUACCUGGAGUCUAGCUGGCGCGUUUUCAACUACACUCCGGAGAAAGCAGCAGACAAGCUCAAGGAAGCGAUGGCGUCCGACGGGUUGCCGGCGACGAGGCUCCGUGACGAGGCUACAGACAGCGCAGCUGUGAACAGGGAGCGACAGGACGCGGUCUCUACCGGCUCACAGUCCCGUCGACCGCGCGCCCCGCUCGCGCGGAAGACCGCUGGCACCGCCGCCAGUAGCAGCGUACCCAGCAGCCGGAACGCGAAUCCUCCUUCGCUUUCCUCGGGGGUCAGGGGUUGCCCUACCCAGGGAGUGGCGGAAAACAGCUCCGCCGCGUGUCCGGGACGGGGCAGCGCGGGCAAGGCCGUGGACGGAAACGGCCUUGGUUCCACCGUUGGCGAGCCAGCACCGGGCGUCGCGGGACAAGCGGCGCCGGCGCCGGCUGCGACAACGUCGACGUCGACGACGGUCACAGGUGGCGACGACGGGAAUGACAUCGUUGAUGCAUCCAAGCUUGAGACCGAGCGUGUGCGGCCGCUGGAGCCUCAACUCAAGGCGGAGAUGAAACUUCCGGCGGGGACUGCUCCAGGAGGGGGCGACAAGGAGGUCGUCGACCUCACACGACCUGAUGAAACCGGUCCCAAGGGGGUGGAGAAGACGACGGCAAGCCACACCUGCAGCGGCAACGGGAGUGCGGAGGUACACAAAUCCGUCCCGCGCGGGAGCGGAGAAGGCGGGAGCGCGGAAGCCGCCGCCGGCCGGCACGAUAAUCGGUGCACCAAGGAUCGGCGGGAGGGCGAUCCACGCGCGAUUUUAGGUGUGACGAGCCCACCGUCCGCGGGAUGGAGGAGCGGCUUCGAACCACCCCCCCUGGCGAGAGAUGUCUCGGAAAGGGGCGCCGGGAAUCUACCGAAAAUGUGGAGGGGGGGCAACGUUGAUUCCCUCUCGCUGUCAGAUUUUUGGGAGUCGGAGGGGUACGCCGGCGGAGAGAAAAGGGUGCGUAGCGAUUCUGGUUGCACUGGGGAGAACGACGGAAGACGAGAGAGAAAUAGACCGGUCCUCACGCCCGAGGCCGGGGAGAUCGUGUGCCAGCGGGCAGAGGCGGCGCCAUCCCAUGGCGGUGGACCACCACUUCAACACCAGAUGGCUGCAGAGUACGCGAUGAUGACCCUCGAAGAUAUACUUUCUGCUGAAGAGGAACCGGUCGAAGCUUCGUCCACCCAAAAGCGGAAAGAUGCAAAGCGGGACGGCCAGGCAAACAAGAGGCAGAAGAUGCAGAGAUGA